AUGAACUUGGUGGAAUUGCCACCGAUUGUGCUGUCAUUGAUGUCCAACACGCUGUGUGAUGAUCUGUCGGGGGUGUUGCAGUUUGUUAGAGACUGUCGCGACAGUUUUUGGUCGCCGGAGUGUGAAAUAAGAGAGUCUCCAGUAGGUGGUGUUGGUGUGUUCGCUGGCACGGACAUUAGGAAGGGGAGUACUUUGUUGAAGCUUCCGAAAUCGAGCCUGUUUUCGGCGUCGAAUAGCACAAUAGCGAACUUGCUGCUCGAUGACGAGAUUGAUGGGAUUCUGGCGUUGAACAUCGCUUUUAUAUAUGAGACGACGGUGUUCAGAGAAAAAAGCCACUGGGUUCCCUAUCUGAAGAGUAUACGCAUUUGCGAUGAGCAGCAGCAGCUGGUGCUGCCGCCUGGUUACUGGAGCGACGAGGCCAAGAGAUGUCUGCGGGGCUCAACCUUGGAUACGCUGCACGAUGGACUGAGAUCGGAGACGGAGGUGCAGGAAGGGUUUGAGCUGGCUGUCGAUUUAGCCAGGAAAUGGAACCAGGAGUUCGGUCUUCCGAUUCCCCAGGGGUAUCUCGACGUUCGGCCGGACGACAGAGACGACACCAUCCUGAAGUUCCACAGAUUUGUCGCGACAGCGUAUGCGAUGUCUUCUAGGGUCUUCGAGAUAGACGCGUAUCAUGGGAGCGCGCUGGUGCCGAUCGCGGACCUGUUCAACCACAGCACGACGGCGCCCGACGUUCGUUUUACCUCGCUCUACGAGGUGUGCCCGCUGUGCGGCGAGCCGGGCAUGUGCAAGCAUCUGGUGGCCGAGGCCGCGCUGGAGGCGCAGGAGAACGGCGGCUCGUCGCCGCCGGGCUCUGACGCCGAGUCCAGCGACGAGGAGCACGACCCGUCCAACGAAGACGAGCUGGUGGACAUAACGCUCGAGCGGGACGUCAAGAAGGGCCAGGAGAUCUUCAAUUCGUACGGCGAGCUGUCCAACGCGCUUCUCCUGGCUCGCUACGGCUUCACCGUGCGGAACAACCCUCACGACAUGGUCCAUCUGGGCAACGAGGUCAGGGCGCUGGUACGAACGCACGGACGCUACGCGGCGAGGACCCAGUGGUGGAGCCGAACCGGCUGGAAGGCGUACUCCCGCUGGAGCGCCGCCGAAGUGCAAACGCCCUGGCUGUCGGAGAUCUUCGUCGACUCGCGGGGCCAGCCCUCGGACCCGCUGGCAGCAUUCCUCAAUCUACUCGAGAUGCCAGAAACGCAAUGGCUGCAGCUACGCAGCGCUCCCACCCCCAGCAACGCCCCUGUCCACCAGCUACAAGACAUGGGCGACGUCGGAACCAGAGCCCACCUCCUACGACUCCUUGCCUACAAGAAACUUUCGUGGCGUCCGUCGCCAGGCGGCGUCCCGCCUGCUGCCAGAGUUAUCCUCCACUCUGAACGCACAAUACUGCGCAGGGCACGGUCCAGAAUGUACCGACGCAACUCGUCAAGAUAUACAGACUAG